AUGACACUAGGCCUCAGCUUACUUCCUUUUCUUUGUGACACGAAGUACUUUCUAAAGUUGCAACAUAACAGUGCCACAAUGACCUGCCAGGGCGAGGAGGGUACACCGUUGCCUUACACCGCGUCACCAAUCAGACUCCUAUGGGGCGAUCUAUGUCUCUUCGUGAGCCUCAUCGGCCACUUACCGGGGAUAUUCUUUCCCCUGCAUAUAUGUCGCACCGACGCACUGGACGAGUUCUACCCCUCGAUCCACAAUAUAUUCAUCGUGGCAGUUCAUAUAGCGCUAUCAGUGUACCAAGUGGUCUUCUUAGCGUCGCUCCCGCUGCUGGUUCUGUGCAUGGUUCCCGGACUGUGGAUUCUGGCUUAUCUUGUUCUUGGACUCGCGAUCAACUAUGCGGUUGUUAUGCUGCUUUUGAAUGGCUUUGAACAGGUGUUGGUUUCGCAGGUCCCGGUGGCGGAGCGACCUGGUCAUGAUCGGGAAUGUUGGUUGUAUAUAAACGGGAUCGCCGCUGGGCAUCGGUGGGUUCAGAUGAAUAUCGAUCAGCUUUCUUAUACUUUUGGUCGAAAGGUGACUGGUGUUCAUAAUCGCACGGCUGGAAUUGUGUUCGAUCUGAUUGAAUGUCUGAUUCAACGGGACUUCUCGUAUGCGACGGGCGAUAUACGAAGAUCGUAUGCCCUCGUCAAAAAAGCACUGCUGGACCCGGAAUGCGACAAGGUCGUUCUCCUCCUCCAUAGCCAAGGUGGGAUUGAAGGUGGGCUUGUCAUCGACUGGCUUUUGGAUGAGCUACCGCACGACCUUCUCCGCCACUUGGAGGUCUAUACUUUUGGCAAUGCAGCCAAUCAUUUCAACAACCCACGCUGGACAAAGCUGGCAAGACCAGAGUUGGUCCAAACGCAAGACUUGGUACACCAAUUUGGACAAUCCAUCGGGCACAUUGAGCACUAUGCCAACUCGGGCGAUAUCGUCGCUCUGGGCGGCGUACUCCAUUUCGUGGAUAUUCCAAAUCGAUACAUGGGUCGGCUUUUCGUUCGACCUAGUUCGGGCCAUUUACUCAACAUGCACUACUUGAGUACUAUGUUUACUCUCGGCCCUGAUAUGAAGGUCCUUGAGUCGAAUCCUUUCAUGGAUAUGGAAGUCGAGCCUUGGGCGACGGCGGGCAUUAAUGGGUAUUCUGGUCCCCCGCACAGGGUAAGGUAUAGACCUACUUUAGCACGAGAUGAGGCUUUUCUGCCUGCCGCGCUGAGUCUGCAGCGGUUCCAACCGAAUGGCACAGCCCGGGUCCUGCGCGUGAAGGAUUUCAGUCGACUUUGGCAAUAUAGGAAUGGAGGCUCACCUCACGAGUACAGGGCAACUGAUGUAUACGAUCAUUGA